GCACAACUACCGCGUCUACUCAUUUCAAACGGCUAAAGAAUUCUGAACAAAUCGAAACUCUAACCGCAUUAUUCAGAGACUUUGGCGGCCCGCGUGCUACUGUUGCUUUCUUAUUAUUUGUUUUGGCUAACUGUAAGUAGAUUUGUAAGUGUAGCGGUGGACUCUGACACGCUGCCUACACCUUCUUCCACAGUGUGACCUGUGAAGCGGUUAGCUUGAGGCUAACACGGUCAGAGGAGAAGACGUGAGCAGCUCGACCUGGGGUCCUGCUCAGAAGAUGGACAGUGAAAUCCAAAGAGAUGGGAGAGUCCUUGACCUCACUGAUGAUGCCUGGAGGGAAGAUAAGCUGCCAUAUGAAGAUGUCACCAUCCCACUGAGUGAACUGCCUGAGGCUGAGCAGGACAAUGGUGGAUCCACAGAGUCUGUAAAAGAACAAGAGAUGAAGUGGACAGACCUCGCCCUGCAGAGCCUUCAUGAAAACACACCGAGCACUGGAAGCUGAAAGACUUAUAACGCAAGUUGCAGCCACUUCCAAACAACUCUAUACUUCAUCUCACAACUACUAAGACUGUAUUACAACAGGACAAACAGGCCUACAAAAUCAAUUGCUAUUCACCUAUACUAUACCUAAAUGUGGAUUAUUUUGACCUCGUUCCCUGCCUUCUUAUCUUGAGGCAGUGCAUCUAACCAUAUUAUUCUGAACACUCGAAGGAAAAUGUCAUGACAUGCAUAACUCUGCUUUGAAAAUUACAUAUUAUCUCUUCCUGUGGCUGUCAGAUCUAUGCUUAGAUGGCUGUUGGUGUAACUGAAGCAACAGUCUCUUGGCUCCAGGCCUCUCUGGAAACCUCCCUGAGAGGUUGCAAUGAGAAAAGAAUAUCCUGGCUGCAGCUCCCAUCAUCACUGUCUCUGCGGCCUAUGCCAUGAGCUUGCGGACAUGGUCAUGUGACCCCUUCCCCAGAAGAACUGAGGGGUGUCGGUAGGAGCCCCCCAGGCGAUCCCAGAGCGUGAAGUACUGUCCAUAGUUGUAGUUGAAGUAGAGGUGAUGGUCUACGUGGUGAGCAGCGCCGUUGAUCAGAUAUAUCAGAGGGCUGGGUAUGCGGUAGUCUCCAUCAUGUAUGGAAAUGGUCCAGAUGUUGACAAAGAUAAAGAGUGAGAGGUAGACCACCUGCAAUGUAAAUAUUCCAAAUGUCAUUUUAUAACACUUAACAGAUAAGUGACAGAGCUUAUACCUUGUUAAUGAUGUACUUUUUGACCUGUGUCAUCAAAAUGUGUCCACAUUUGUCCUCAUAUUUCAAUUAAAGUUUAAAUCAGUGCAGUGAGUGAAGAUUGUGCACUCAUAA